CACCAAGAAUAAAAAGUCUGCCGAGACCUGUCGCGAAUUGAAUCAGGGAGGAUCACAUCCCCCUUUCCUUUCCUUUCCGAGACCGCCGAGACAAUUCAUCGAUGCGCGCCGUCGCCCAGUUAUGCCUCCCCGCCGAUAUGCGCAAUUUUGUGUACAGAUAGAAAGUAUCAGGAAUUGCGCCCAGUCAUUACAGUCAAGUUCGUCUGCCACAACGAAUACAAACGUCUCGUAAUGUCAAAAAUUCGAUUAUCUUAUAUGGCUGUUCCUCUGGGCCAGCAAUGGAAUACUAUGACAGAUAUUAGUUUGAAGCACGCCAAUAUCUGCGCUUGUUUCACUGUCAUGCGAUGCCUCCAUCAUGGUUAAGCAAAACAGCCCGCCACGCAAGCUGCACCAGGACCCGUUCUGCGCCACCGUUUCUCGCAUCUUCGAUCGAUGCGGUAUUGUAACUCAUCAGUGUCAUUUGGCCAGAAUCAUCUGGCGUGGACAGGGUCUCUAAACUACGAAUGUGUAGUCUUGAGAGAACGUUUGUAUUCGUUAAAUUGGUUGAACGCAACGAGUAACCAUAUCUAGAUCGUCAAUCUGUAAGAUGUAAUUGGCAUAUAAUAUCAAUACAGACGACAGUGGUAAUUUCAAGAUGCCUCAAGAGCGGCGAAACACAAAACGGCUGGACUCCCAAAAAUGUGACAGCUCAUGAAGUUGCGACGUCGGUCGCCAAUAACCCUAUGUCAUCACUGUGGCGAUUGUAGGUCCAAUUACUGUCCCGAUUACGACGUAACUAAGCGGUUUCCUUAUUUCUCUCCUACUGCUAUGUUCAAUCUACUUCUAUAUGACGAGACUCAACUUGCCCAGUCGCGACACAGUCGCAUCAGGACUCAGCGCAACCUUUUUGGCAUCGGACUGUGCCACUUUGUGCCAUGGAACUCGAGCGGGACUCAACGGGUGCAAAUAGUGGCUAAUCCGUUGGGCACAUGGAUAUGAGAAACAAGAGCAAAGUUCCGAAGUACGCAAUGAGAACCUAGCGACGCCACAUGCCAAAGAAACCAGUUGGGUGGGUGGUGAUAAGAAGUAAACCUGUCUGCCUGUGAGGCAAUACGUAUAUCCUGUUAGGCGCAGUUCGAUUUAAAUGCAGAUACGUUUCUGCUACAGCAAAGUGUGUAUAAAUGUAAGGAUAAAUGCCGAAUCUCGUCGCAUUGCUUGAUAGACAAAAUAGACAGCACAGGUAGGCAGACGAACAAGGGUAGGAGGUAACAGAUACACACACCGUAUCUUUUGUGCGCCGCGCCCUGAUCGCGAGAGCAAAUCGGAUAGGCCCUGUCACCUCGAUAUCGAAUAUGCGUAUUAUCUACCUACCUAUCUCGCUUGUCGCAGAUAGUCCCAGCUGGUGGCGGAGCCUUGGAGUCUCGUGGAAGACAUAUCCGAGAGACAUCUGGAGAUGAGGUGACCACGGCCCAGGCUCGUCUCAUAACUCCAAGCUGGGCUGUGACGAACGCUGAUUCGGUCGAUGGAGCCUUUCCUUGUCGCAUCUGGUUUUUUUUUUUUUUUUUUUUUGUUGUUGACCACGAUCACCUAAAUUUUGCGCCAGCGCAUCCAAACGUGGAUAAUCCAGGGCGGGGCGGUGACAGCGUGCGCGCAAGCGUCAUGCUUGAUGGACGGUGGGCGCAUCGCAUGCUUUGCUCUCAAUGUAACGCUGUGCGACACAGAGAAAGACGAGAUAUGGGAUAUGCGCUUUGGUUAUGGACGGCGCAUUUACUGCGACAUCUUUCUUAUCACGGCGGUUAGAAGAUUGUGCUAUGAAGUCUACUAUAGAAGGCAAUGCGAAAAGAUAUCAUGCAGCGCAUUGCGCAUCUUUGGUUCGCAACAUGUGGCAAGGGUUUGCUUGGCUUGUCCAGGAUAUGCAUGUUCCGGACUAGUCAGUCACGGGUCCUUGAGGGCCCUCAAUAUGCAUGGGCUGGUUGGUGUAUUCCAUAUCCUUUGAACUGUGGCCAUUCUAAGGGUCCACGAGUCUGAUAUACAGUUGAAUAGAUUAGACGUACGUACUGAUACAGGAUAAUAAACAACAUACUUGUGGUCGGAUUGAGACUAUUGAGUCUCUGUCGGACCAGAAAAGAGACCAAUUGGGGUGCCGCCAUCACAACGGAUCCAUGGGACCAUCAUCCACAUCCAUAGCUACCUCCACGUUCACUCACAUUCACGUUCACGCGUGCUCUGGCCUCAUGCUGAAACAAAACAAGCCGAACGUGUGGCCAAGGUCCAAUCCAAGAUGCCAUUCCACCAUCUUUCUCGUCCCUCGUACGCCGCAAGCUAAUCGCUACGACCGCUGCCUGAACGGUUCAAGAUGAAACCCUAGAGAAGGGAAAUUGAUCGACCAGGCCCAGGCGCCGAACGAGGGUUAUCAUGACACGGACAAUUGGCUGUUCCUGUUGGUGGGGGACGAGGAUGAAUGUAAUGUCAACGCAAUUGACUGAGGUUCUGAACAGGCGCAUUUCCAUUCUUCGGUACCAUCAAUCUCUGUUCAACAGGAACGACUAUUAUUGUAAUUCUAUUUUGAGCGCUUUGAACCUUUGGAGGUAUGCGCCUGGCACACAAAGGCUAGCUGAGCUCUUGACGCUUGGAUUUCUUUUGUCUCGGAAUCACUCGCAAGCUAAGCGCAUCAUCCCUCGGAGUGGUCAAUGGCCAUCAUGGAAGCGCAAGUUGAUAAUGAACUGGCGCAACUUCACUCCUUAGUCGCUGAUUUGCGCAUCAGAAGGCCCUGUAUGGCGUUGUUUUUUAAUCAUGUGGGAUUGAAGCGCACCGAAUACUUUGCUGUCCAUAUCAUAAGAAUCUUGUCGGGUAAGUGUUCGAUAGCUAGGUAGUUUGUAGUACCAAAAAAACUGGAACAUCAAGGUGUCAUAAUCAAUAUCGCCACAAAGGGGUGUCUCUCAUAUUGCAUCUUCAAGGGCAC